GACACAAAAAUAUGGUUGCAAAUCAAACCUAAAAAGCCAUGGAAGAAAACACAAGACAACCAAAGUCACCAACCAAGGGUAACAUUGUCAUUCCACAGCCUCUAGCCUUUUCUUAAACAGUCUCUACAUUUUCCAGCCUCAUCAAAAGAACCACCUUAACAUAAACCCCUCAUGUUCUUUUCUCUUUUUGGUCUAAGCAACCACCACCAUGGCAGCACCAAUCUUUAACACUCCCUUCUUCACACUCUUUGUUUUUUUCUCUCUCCAACUUUAUCUCUCUUUCUCGUCCUCUCCCUCCAUCCAUGACCUUCUCCGUUCCAAAGGACUACCCCCUGGUCUCUUGCCAGAAGAGGUAAAGUCCUACACUUUCUCCCAAAAUGGGCACUUGGAAGUGUUCCUAGACGCACCUUGCCUGACCAAGUACGAGAACAGAGUCCUCUUUGAGCAAGUUGUCACUGCCAACCUUACCUACGGUAGCCUCAUAGGAGUUGAAGGUCUCCAACAAGAAGAACUCUUUGUCUGGCUCCCUGUCAAGGACAUAAUCGUAAAUGACCCUUCUUCAGGGUUGAUACUCUUUGACAUUGGCCUUGCCCACAAACAACUCUCUCUCUCCCUCUUUGAAGAUCCACCUCACUGCAAGCCCGAAGCUGUUCUCACAGAUACACUCACAGUUUCACAAACUGAAUACUUUCCGAGGUACAAUAGUAUUUAGUUUUUUUAUAAGAAACAAAUUUUGUUUCUCUAAUAGUAUUCUGAUACAGUACUACGGUAAAAUUCAGGAACUAAACUAACUUUUCUUUCGGUAGUUAAGAAACUACUGUAGUAGUUUAAAUAGAAUUUGUUUUAUUAUUUAGGAGAAAGCUGGUUUUUUGAAGGAUUAAUUUGAAGAUUUGUUGUUAAUUUUUUAGUGGCUUUCGACUUUCAUUUGCUUUCUCUGGGUUUGUCUCUGGUGUCUUCACAUCCCGAUGACCACACUAACAUCAAAAAAAGAGUCUCAGACAAGAACAUCCUAUUCAACCUUUUUCCAUUUCACAUGCCACAGACAAAAACAAUUAAGAGGAACUUUCCUAUGUUUAAAGAGAGAAAAAAAAAGUACAAUAUUCUACACUAUAUGUCAGUUUCCUGAGCCUCCUGCAUCAUCACAGUAACAUUUUUAGGCCGGAUAUGCAGUGCAAGUUCAAUGGGUGGGGUUAAUUACCGAUUUAAUUAUUUAAUUAUUUCAUUAUCUUAUCCGUUUUGUUGUUUCUUGUUGGGGUUUUUUUUUGUCAUUAUUUUUAAAUUUGCAUGCAUUUCCAAGGGCUUAAAAAGAUUGAUUUUUGUUUUGUUUAUAUGCAAAAUUGGUGGUUGAGGCUGCCUGU